CAGCGCCGCAGGAUGAAGGCUCUCCUCCUCAUCCUCCUCGCCCAGCUCUGCUCGCCAUCGCUGGUCCCCGAGAGGGAGAAGGACCCCGAGUACUGGCGGGGGCAGGCGCAGGAGACCCUGCGGGCCGCCCUGCGGCUCCAGCGCCUCAACCAGAACGUGGCCAAGAACCUCAUCCUCUUCCUGGGUGACGGCAUGGGCGUCUCCACCGUCACGGCCGCCCGCAUCCUCAAAGGGCAGCUGCAAAACCGCAAGGGCGAGGAGAGCCUGCUGGAGAUGGACAAGUUCCCCUACGUCGCCUUGGCCAAGACCUACAACACCAACGCACAAGUGCCCGACAGCGCCGGCACGGCCACCGCCUACCUCUGCGGCGUCAAAGCCAACGAGGGGACGGUGGGCGUCAGCGCCGGCGUCACCCGUGACCGCUGCAACACCACCAAGGGCCAAGAGGUGACCUCCAUCCUCCGCUGGGCCAAAGAUGGAGGCAAGGCGGUGGGCAUCGUCACCACCACGCGGGUGACCCACGCGACGCCCAGCGCCGCCUACGCCCAUUCCGCCAACCGCGACUGGUACUCGGAUGGAGAGAUGCCGCCGGACGCGCUGGAGGGUGGCUGCAAGGACAUCGCCCGGCAGCUGGUGGAGAACAUCCCCGACAUCGAGGUGAUCUUGGGCGGCGGGCGGAAAUAUAUGUUCCCCAAAAACGCCAGCGACGUGGAGUAUCCCCACGAGGACAAGCAUCGGGGUACCCGCCUGGACCGCAGGGACCUCGUCCAGGCGUGGCACGACGCCAAGCCCCCCGGAAAGGUCGCCAAGUACGUGUGGCACCGGCGGGACCUGCUGGCGCUCAACCUCAGCCGCGUCGACUUCCUCCUGGGCCUCUUCGAGCCAGGUGACAUGGUGUACGAGCUGGACAGGAAUAACGAGACGGAUCCGUCCCUCACCGAGAUGGUGGCUGUAGCCAUCAGGAUGCUCCAGAAAAAUCCCCGGGGUUUUUUCCUCCUGGUUGAAGGGGGCCGCAUCGACCACGGGCACCACGAGGGGAAGGCGAAGCAGGCGCUGCACGAGGCGGUGGAGCUGGACCGGGCCAUCGGGCUGGCCGUCCGCCUCACCUCGCCCCAGGACACCCUCAGCGUCGUCACCGCCGACCACUCGCACGUCUUCACCUUCGGCGGCUACACCCCCCGGGGAACCCCAUUUUCGGUGAGUCUGGCCCCGAUGCAGAGCGACGUGGACCGCAAACCCUUCACCUCCAUCCUCUACGGCAACGGCCCCGGCUAUAAAAUCGUGGCGGGCGAGCGAGAAAACGUCUCCGCCGUGGAUUUCGCGCACGCCAACUACCAGGCGCAAUCGGCCGUGCCGCUGCGCCAGGAGACCCACGGCGGCGAGGACGUGGCCGUUUUCGCCCGCGGCCCCAUGGCCCACCUCCUCCACGGGGUCCACGAGCAAAAUUACAUCCCCCACGCCAUGGCUUACGCCGCCUGCAUCGGCUCCAACCGAGCCCACUGCAACGCCGCCGGCCGCCCCGCCGCCACCGUCCUCCUGCCCUUCCUCGCCCUCCUCUUCCUCCUCUGCUAAAGCGCCUCUUGCAA